CUUCAAUCGCGCAUGCUCACACGUGUCUGCCUAGUGCUGAUCUCUUCUGCUGGAGGCCCGGGUUGUUUGGGUCACUGCAUUAGCACUUGACAUGUUAUCUUUCUCUUUACGGCGCUUAGCCCAGCCUCUACGGAGAUGCUGCAAUGUUCGGGCUCAGCACACUCAAGCUGCCUCUCAGGCUGGGAACCACCUCUGGACAGGCCAGGAAACCCUUUCAGAGAGCGACCCUGAAAUGUGGAACCUUGUUCAGAAGGAGAAAGAUAGGCAGUGCCGUGGACUGGAACUCAUUGCCUCUGAGAAUUUCUGCAGCCGGGCAGCCUUAGAAGCCCUUGGAUCCUGCCUCAACAACAAAUAUUCUGAGGGCUACCCAGGCAAGAGGUACUAUGGUGGAGCAGAAGUGGUGGAUCAGAUAGAGUUGCUCUGCCAGCAGAGAGCAUUGGAAGCUUUCAGCUUGGACCCAGAGAAAUGGGGAGUGAAUGUGCAGCCUUAUUCUGGCUCCCCUGCUAACUUUGCUGCAUACACUGCGCUGCUACAGCCACAUGACCGCCUGAUGGGUCUUGACCUUCCUGAUGGAGGACAUCUGACUCAUGGUUACAUGUCUGAUGUGAAGCGCAUCUCUGCUACCUCUAUUUAUUUUGAGUCAAUGCCUUACAAGCUGAAUCCAGCAACAGGCCUAAUAGACUAUGACCAACUGGAAGUUACAGCACGUCUUUUCCGACCAAAGCUCAUCAUUGCUGGGACAAGCGCUUAUGCACGUCUGAUUGAUUAUGCACGAAUGAAAAAGGUGUGUGAGGAAGUGAAAGCGUACCUCCUGGCAGACAUGGCUCACAUUAGCGGCCUUGUGGCAACUGGUGCCAUUCCGUCUCCAUUUGAUUAUGCAGAUGUUGUCACAACUACAACACACAAGACUCUUCGAGGAGCCAGGUCUGGGCUGAUAUUCUACCGAAAAGGAAUAAAGUCAGUGGACAAGAAAACUGGAAAAGAGAUCCCUUACAACUUUGAGGACAAAAUCAACUUUUCAGUAUUCCCUUCAAUUCAAGGAGGUCCUCACAAUCAUGCGAUUGCAGCAGUGGCUGUGGCUUUAAAGCAGGCCAAUUCCCCAAUGUUUCGUGAAUAUGCUCUGCAAGUCUGAAGAAUGCUAAAUCCAUGUCUGCCUCCCUCCUACAGAAGGGCCUACACGCUUGUGUCAGGGGGAACUGAUAACCACCUGGUUUUAGUGGACCUGAGACCCAAAGGCAUAGACGGUGCAAGAGCAGAGAGAGUCCUUGAGCUUGUAUCAAUAACGGCCAACAAGAACACAUGUCCUGGUGAUAAAAGUGCCCUGACCCCUGGAGGGCUACGGCUGGGUGCCCCGGCUCUAACAUCACGUUGUUUUAAAGAGGCUGACUUUGAAAAAGUUGUUGACUUCAUUGAUGAAGGAAUACAGAUUGGUCUGGAUGUGAAAAGCAAGACAAAUAAGCUUCAGGACUUUAAGAAAUUCCUUCUCGAGGACCAAGAAACUGUGAAUAGGAUUUCAAGCCUACGCCAGCGUGUGGAGAAGUUUGCCCGUGCUUUCCCCAUGCCAGGCUUUGAGGAACGUUAGAGGAAUGUGUAACAGCUGGAAAAUUACUCAUUAAAAUAAAAAUUGACUGUAAAGCUCAACCGAACCUACUGCUCUAAUUUACCUUUUUCUGUUGUCCUUUUUGUUACUAAAUUUCUCUUGUUUACAGUAUGAUUUCUUCUCCUUCUGUCACUUACAAGCUGGGUAAAAGAGUGCAGUAGUUUUUGAGUUGCAGCAGAAAAUAUCCAGGUAACUGUUGUACAGUUCAGUGUCAAAGUUUAAAUAAAAGCAAUAAGUCUCCUUCA